AGCGCCAUCUAUCACAACUACAUUACAGGCAAAAAUGGCGACUUCCAUGGCUGUUGUGAGGCAGUAUUUGCCACGGACUUGUGAGAGACUUUCCGUACUCCAGCUGCCAAGAAUUAGACAUGGAGAGAACAGUUUGCUUGUCAAGAUGUGUGGUGUAAGACAGCUGCCUUUUCGCCAAUAUUCAGAUAAGGUUCUUGAAGGAAUGGGCGAGUUUGAGGAAGCAGAAGAUCAGCUGGAUCUAUCACUUCUCGACCAGCCGGCGGUACGGACGCCCCCCAGAGAUCGGGCGUGGCAGAGGACGAGGUGGUGGCAUGCCAAACAGUACGCGGCAAUGGGAAAAGCAUCCGGUGUUGAUCCUGCAAUCAUGUGGCCCACAAAGUCAGAACUUAGUAAACUGAUCAAAGAAGAGAAAGAGUAUUUCCCAAGUCUUCGUGCCAUGCAGGCGGAAGUGGCAGCUGAGAAACAAGCAGCAGAUUUAGAAAGACUCAAGAGGGAGAAGCUUAUUGCAGGCAACAUGGCAAAGAUGCCCAAGAUGAUCGAGGACUACUGGCAGAAAGUAGAAGAGGAAAGAGCCAAGCGGAGAGAACAGAAAGAAAAGAGAAACCGCCUUCUGGCCCUUGCGAAGGAGAAGCUUGGCUAUGCCGUCGAUCCUCGCAGCCCUCGCUUCAAACAGAUGGUAGAAGAUAUGGAAGCAGAGGAGAAAAAGAAGAGGAAAGAACUCAAAAAGAGAGGAAUCAAGGUGUGAUGACGGAUUGAAAAUUUGAUGCAUUUUCAUUGUAUCAUCGCUCAGGCAACGACUUUUAAUUGUGUAGGAUUCAUGUUCAGAGAGAGUAAAAAAGGACCUUUGAAUUCUCUAUGAUGGUUGAUAUGUUUGGCAUGGCUUUAAGCAUGUCAAGGAUUAAGGAUAUCUUUGUUAUAUUUCCAUCUCUGUAUAACCAAAUCAUGAUACAUGUAUGAAGAGUUUAGGGUUCUCAAACUUCUCGCUUGUGAAUGACACCCUUUGUGCGUGAGGAAGCUCAGAAUCUGCAAAAUUGUCAUGGUCCUCCCGAACCAUCUCCUGGGGUGAUGUUUCACUAAAUUUCAAGGAGAAAAUAAUCCUUCUGAGAAGGCUUUUUUUUUUUGUAUCAAGGUUUAGUUCUUCUCUCAGUUCUUUCAGUUCUGUUACCAAUUCAGCAAAUCAUUUCACGACAGAAAAGACAGAUUGGUACAUGUACUAUGAGAAUAAGGAAGCCCUAGUGUAUGUAAUUUACGCCCAUCUUUAUUCGAUUACAAAUAGAACAAAAAGAAAAAAGUUUUAUUGAACCAUCCAUUAUUUUCUUGAUUUAUCCAAAUGUGAGAAAACGUUAAAAAUGAACCCCUAAUACCGAUUCCAUGAAGUCUAUUCCAACAUGCUAUAAAGAUACAAAAAGGUCAGACUGUAAGAUUAUUUGAAAUGCUUCUACACAUCUCAAACGAUUUUAUUUCAGGCUGAUAAACGAUGGAUGAGAAACAACCAAUUCAGAAAUUGAAUGAUAUCUGAGUUGUUUUUAAGAGCCCUUUACAUCCAAAUUGUGUAGGUGCCACCACUUCUUUACCUUUAGCAUGAUUUCAGGAGCAUUGGAAAUAUCUGGGCCCCAUUUCACAAAACUUGUCAUCAGUGACAAAUGACAGUUUUUGUUACAAGCUAGUGAAAUCCUUGCUUCUGAUUGGUUAUCGGCAGAUUUGUCAGUGAUUUUUGUCAUUUGUCAUUGAAAAAAGGUUUGUGAAAUGGGUCCCUGGUUUGAAUGAGGUCUCAUUGUUUUCCAACUGGGAUUGAAACUUACUGGUAUGUGAUUUACUUGUAAGUAAAUGUAAAGAGGAUUUCUUCAUUUUUUAUCAUGUUGGACAUUUAACAAAUACAUUUAUUCAUAUGAAAUGACA